AUUUAGUAGAAGGUGGCUACAGAUAAAAGUUUGAGUUUAUUUUGAAAAACAUACAGAUCACUUACUUAAGUUCAGACGCACGCAAAACCAAUGCAGCUAUAUAAUAACUCUGCUGCAAACAUAGGUUAACGCACUUGGGUUGAAAACCCAAGUAGAGAUACUAUCCACGAUACUAACGAGGAUCAUGCCCUGUGUUGGGGCACGAUGGACUGCUUGGCGGGAGAAAGAAAAGGGAGGGGGCAGAAAGGGGAACGCUCACGUAACACAUGCGCGUAUAACUAUUAUGUGGAUUUUAACCAGGGCUGUGGACUCGGACCCGGACUCGGGGACUCGGACUCUGUCAUUUUUGCUGGACUCGGACUCUGUGCUGAUUUUGACCGAGUCCACCAAGUCCGACAAUAAAGAAAAUACGUUCAAUUUUACUUUCAUCAUGCUGCUGAGAAUGCGCGUAGGAAUACUGUCCACAGCUCUGCUACGGUUACAGAGGCGUUGCUACACUAAUAGGAGGGUAGAUUGUGUCUGUAGCAACGCUGAUUAGCUAAAGAAUGCAGUGUGGUGUAAAUUAGCACUCAACCACCUGUUCGUCUCCCAUUGUUGGCUGACUCAUCCGCGAGUGAGAUCAGAUAAGAGAUUCAAGAGUUUUUAUUCGCCAUGUUUGAGCGUGCCAAACAAGGAAUUUGACUUCGGUAAAAACACACCCUCUGUUCAACAUUUAGGUGACUAACAACACUCAGGACAUGUGAAUAAUGGCAAAAACAGUGUAGACAAAUUCAAAAAGAUAACUUGAAUUGCCGCUUUCCUGUGGAACAAUGCAACUAAACCUUUGCUAGACUUUAUCUACUUAGUAAAUUAACACACAAUAACAAUAAGUAACUUGUCCUAAACACUUAAACAAACAUUGAGUAAAUAUGGGAUAACUUGUACGCAACUACUUCAAACUGUAUAUAACGCUUGACAAAGAAAAACAGUUCUGUUUAACUAAAGAAUGCAGUGUGGUGUAAAUUAGCCCUCAACCAGCUGUUCGUCUCCCAUUGUUGGCUGACUCGUCCGCGAGUGAGAUCAGAUAACUUGAAUUGCCGCUUUCCUGUGGAACAAUGCAACUAAACCUUUGCUAGACUAGAACAAAAACCCAAAAACGACGGCGACACCUGGUCCAUCGCAGACGGCUCAGACAUCGAUGAUGAAGUUUGUGACAGCGAAAGUGACGCGGAAGACGAUCCAAUACAUGGUGGACCGUGAGGAGUUUCAAAAGUCGGUCAUUUCUCUGAUUGUUCAUGAUGGCCUCUCGCUCGUCACAUUCCAGCAGUCGGCUAUGCGGACACUGCUAGGGCCUGCUGCUAAUCAGCUCUCUGUCAGCCUAGACAGAGAUCAGAUCCGCCACAUGGUGGUGGCUGAGGCCGACAGGUUGAAGGAGGAAAUCAAGUCGGAGCUGAGCCAGGAAUGCGUAUUCAUCAAGGCAGACGCCGCCACCAGGCUCAUGCGGAACUACAUGGGCAUCAACGUCCAGUACUUCCGCGACGGGGAGAUUAAAAUCAAGACUCUUCCCAUCAAGGACACCGACGGGGGGCAUGACACUGAGGCGGUCAAGAAUGUCAUCAACGCCGUCAUCAAGGAUUUUGACCUGCAUGUCCUCUCCAUCGUCGUCGAUAACGCAGCGACCAUGAGCAAAGCCGUGCGGCUCAUCAAUGAGGACGACGAAGAUGCUGAUGAUGAAAACGAAAUGGAUGAGGACGAGGUGGGCGUCAAUCUGGACGACGAGGUCCAGCUUGAGAAGUUCGCUGGGAUUCAGGAUGCCGAUUUUCGAAUGAUUCAUCACAUGCGCUGUGCUAUUCACACGCUGCAACUGGCAAUUCGUGACGGAUUGAAGGCGGAGCAUGUCAUGAAACUACUGGAUAAAGUCCGACGGGUGGUGAAGAGACUGCGGACCCCCAAUCUGCUUGCUGUCCUCCGUCGUCGAGGAGGUCUUCUCCCUGUCGUCGAUGUGCCCACCCGUUGGGGAAGCACCUACCUCAUGACAAAACGGCUCCUUCAUCUACGAGAGCAUGUCCAGGACUUGGCGGCUGCUUCUCCGGAUCUUCUCCUUAACGAGUCAGAAUGGAAGAAGCUUGAGACCUUGGCCACAAUCCUCAAGAUGCCACACGAUGUCACGGUCAAGCUCCAGUCGGCCUCAAUCACCCCCGGCAGCUUUCUCAAGGAGUGGUCGGCCUUGAAGGCAGCGUCGCGCAAGCAGCCCCCUCUGGCUUCACCAAUCGCCAAUUCAAUGGAACAACGAGAGGACAAGCUCUUCGACAAUGAUUUUUUUUCUGGCAGCCAUCUUCGUCGAUGCGCGUUACCGCAUUCUCCUCAGCGAAGAGCAGAUGGAGCGCGCCCCUCCGUGCCGUUGUGAGGCGAAUCCGGUCUCGUACCCACCAGCACCUGGAAGUACCGUCGAUGGAGGCCGAGGUUGAUUGCUGCACACCGACGGAGGAGGAUGAGUUUGAAAAAGAACUUGACAACAUUGAGCGCCUCCAGCGUUUGUCGGCCGCCACCUCGCCAACCGACAUAGAUGAAGAAAUUGGGGCAAUGUUGGCACUUGGUCGAAUGAAAGCAAUGCCAAUCAGCCAAGUCAGCGUAGAGCGCCUGUUUUCCGGGCUCAGGUUCAUUAUGUCUGAUCAGCGCGGUGCGAUGAAGGCUGACUUGGUUGAGGCGAUUUUGUUCCUAAGAACAAACUCAAGUCGUUGAAUUGAA